GACUAUCUCACAGCUCCAGCAGCAGGGAAACACACCCGUCAGCAGCGCGCACUGGAGACAGAAAAAAAAGCGCAUCACGGACAAAGGAAAUAUGGGUGUGCUGGAGAGGAUUCACCACAGCCCGGUAACACAAUGGAUGAGCCGCUUCUGUUUCACAUACCCGGAGACCAAUUAGCCCACCUUAAUGAGGUGCUGGGAUGCAAGAUACUGCAAGCUAAAAAGGCGGAAGGCUGCGUUUAAUCCGUCUGCGGAUCCUAUUAGCUUGCAAUGGCUGUGGCGGGGAUAUGCAACUGGAUAGGGAAUAAUGUGCCUUUUUAUUUUGUGAUAUUUUCCUUAUUUUGUGGCCUUUCCUUUGGACAGUUGCGUUAUUCUAUUCCAGAAGAACUGGAAAAUGGGGCAUUGGUCGGUGAUCUGGCGCAUGACUUGGGGCUGGAUAUUCGAAAGCUCCCCACCAGAAAAAUCAAGAUAACCUCCAACAGUGGCAAACGGUAUGUGAUUGUUAACCCCAAAAAUGGGAAAUUACUUGUCAAUGAGCGGAUUGACAGGGAGGCACUGUGCGAUUUAUCCAGCACCUGCCUCAUUAAUCUGGAGGUGAUGGUCGAAAAUCCCACUGAUGUGCACCAUGUCGAGGUGGAGAUUGUGGAUGCCAAUGACAAUGCGCCGCAGUUCCCCAGAGACGAGUAUCAAUUGGAAAUCACAGAAUCUGCGUUGCCUGGUUCUCGUUACCCGAUUGAAAACGCCCAAGAUCCAGAUAUUGGGUCCAAUUCCAUCCGCAUGUAUCAGCUUAGCACAAACGACCAUUUCGCGCUGGUGUCCAACAAACCCUCCCUGAACACAAAGCACAUCGAGCUUGUGCUCAAAAAGCCCGUUGAUCGCGAACAGACGCCUUACCAUCAAUUAAUUUUAAGUGCUGUGGAUGGUGGGACACCAGAGAAAACAGGGACGGCCAAAAUCAAUAUACGCGUCCUGGACUCAAAUGACAAUGUUCCCCAAUUUGACAGCUCCGUGUACAAGGUGAAGCUGCUGGAAAAUUCCCCCAAAGACACCCUGGUGAUUAAACUGAAUGCAACUGAUCUGGACGAGGGCACAAACGGAGAGGUUUAUUACUCCUUCAGCAGCUACACUCCGGAAAGAGUGAGGCAGAUGUUCAGCAUGGACACUAAUACAGGAGAAAUAAGAGUGAGGAGCAAUGUUGACUAUGAGGAGACCAACUCUUAUGAGAUGUACAUUCAGGCGAUGGACAAGGGCCCUGGGGCCGUGGCAGCACACUGUAAGGUGGUGGUGGAGGUGGUGGACGUGAAUGACAACGUCCCUCAGAUAGUGCUGUCAUCUCUGUCAAGCCCUGUGAGGGAGGACGCCCGUGCAGACACAGUUGUGGCCCUCAUUAGCGUUACUGAUCGAGACUUUGGCGCCAACAAGCAGGUGAGCUUAGAGAUCCCAGCGGGCCUACCGUUCAAGAUCAAGUCAUUCAGAAAUUACUACACUCUGGUUACCUCAGCCUUCCUGGACCGCGAGACCACUGAUGCCUACAAUGUCACUCUGAGUGCCACAGAUGGAGGAAAUCCCCCUCUAUCCUCCCAGAAGACCAUCCAGGUGGAUGUGGCUGAUGUUAAUGACAACCCACCACGAUUUGAACAGACUUCAUAUACAGUCUACGUGGCUGAGAACAAUGCCCCUGGGGCCUCUUUGUGUACUGUGAAAGCUCAAGAUGCAGACAUCAAAGAGAACGCACGCAUCACCUACACAGUGCUCAAUGACAACAACCAUGGCAUUCCUGUCACCUCAUAUGUGUCUGUGAAGGCCGAUACAGGGGAGGCUUAUGCCCUGCGAGCCUUUGACUAUGAGUCACUGAGAGAGUUUCAUUUCCAGGUCAAAGCCCAAGAUGGGGGCAUUCCUCCUCUCAGCCGUGUCGCCACUGUCUACAUCUAUGUAAUGGAUCAGAAUGACCAUGCCCCGUUGAUAGUCAACCCUCCUGGCAAUGGCACACGCUCCUUGGAGACGGUACAAAAGAACGCAGAGCCUGGUGCCUUGGUGACCAAAGUGGUGGCGUAUGACGCAGACGCUGGUCCAAAUGCUUGGCUGGUGUAUGUGAUGGAGACAGCCACCGACCUGGACCUGUUCAAAGUGCACGAACACACAGGGGAAAUCAGGACCACUCGGAGGAUCCUGGAGGACAACUCCACCUCCUUUACUCUGACUGUUGUUGUGAAGGACCAUGGCCAGCCCACUCUCUCCUCCACCGCCACCAUCAACGUGGCUGUCAUGGAGGUGCCACCAAAGGUGGCCCCCGACCCCAAGAGGAUCAUCCGACCUCACAGCACACUGCUUUUCUCCAACGUGACCCUCUAUUUGAUCGUAGCUUUGAGUGCCACAACCUUUGUUUUCCUGGUCACCGUGGUGGUGCUGGCCAUCGUCCGCUGUCACGCCUACUGCACCCAGCCGGGGUCCUGCUCUCCUUGCUGCGUGUCACAGAAACCCCCUCCAGAUGGUGGGAGCAGCAGCGUAAGUGCCGGCGGAGGGGGAGGCGGCGCGGCCGGGGGGCAACCCAAUAACAAUGUGGUGCUUCGCAGAGACCUCAAAGUGGAGCCUCACUACAUUGAAGUGCGCGGGAAUGGCUCCCUAACGAAGACUUACUGCUACAAGACCUGCCUGACAGCCACCUCUGGCAGUGACACUUUCAUGUUCUACAACACAGGACGGCCCAUCAGUGGCACUUGGGGCAGCGGUGCUGAUCGUUUCUUCACCAGUGGAAGUGGAUUUGUACGGAGACUGAGCAUGCCUGAUGCCUCGCUGCAAAUAUGCCCAGAGCCAAAAGCCCCGAAUGCUGACUGGCGAUAUUCUGCGUCUUUGAGGGCAGGGAUGCAGAGUUCUGUUCACAUGGAGGAAUCUUCCGUGAUGCAGGGAGCCCAGGGGAUGCUGGUCCAGAACUGGCCCACUGUAUCCAGCGCUGCAGAUGGGGAAGGUGGUGGAGAGCUUUCGCCUCCAGUGGGCGCCGGAGUGAACAGCAACAGCUGGCACUUUAGAUAUGGCGCUGGACAAAGCUACGGUCCUCCCCAGCCACUGAAACCUGGAGAGAUUCCUCCUGAAGCCUUCAUCAUCCCCGGAUCCCCAGCCAUCAUUUCUAUCCGCCACGACGCAGGUCCCGUGGAUGACAAAGGUGACUUCAUAAGCUUCGGCAAGAAGGAGGAGGCCAAGAAGAAGAAAAAGAAGAAGAAGGACAAGAAGGACAAGAAGGAGAAAGGAAAGGAUGACGAGGGUGAUGAUUAGAGGAAGGGUCGAAGCUGAGCUACCAACAAAAUGCCAUCCCAUUUUCAGAGCCAGAAAAACAAGCCAAAUGCAUAUUGUAGAACCAAUAUGAACCAUAUUUGCAUAGACGUUGUACAGAGGCAAAAUCCUCAUUAAACCAGGCCUGGCUCCCCCACAUCAUGCAAACUUGCAAAGCAAAUGUUUCUCUCUCUUUCUUGGUUCAUUUGACCUUUAACUUUGGCCUCUCAAAGUCUAAGGGUUGGGUAACAAAUGUACCUAAAGUUGGACCAAAUUAAAACAGAAAGCUUUAUUGGUUUAGAUUAGCCUUUCUGUAAUCUGCUGCCCAAUGCCCCCAAACCCCCUCACCCCAAUUUAUAUAAUAAUAACAACAAUAAUAAAGAAACAGCACCUGAAAAGGUAUAGAAUUUGUAUUGGACCAUUGUCAGUGAAGGCAGCCAAUGUUGACACCUCUGGCCCUCCUUCUCUUUGGUUUGGUGAAAGUGAAGUGAAAGCCAACCUAAAUAAAAAAAAAAAAAAAAUGUAAACAGAGGCUUUUGUCUUCGGUAUCAUGGAGGCCUUGUAGAAAUUCAGAAAUUGUGGUCUUUUAUAAAAAAGAAUUAUUUAAAAAAAAAUGAAAAAUUAACAACAAACAGUAUGCAUACCACAAAAUUUGCACCUUUAAGAAAAUAAGGUUUCUGAGAGAAGCUGGACCACGCUCGAAGAAAGAGCUCUGUUUCAGUGUAAGAUAGCACAUAGCAGACGCUGAGGACCUGGACUGGGUUGCACCAUCUAUGCGCAAGUUUGUUCCAAAGUUAGUUAGUUUAGAAAGUAGUGGUGUCUUAACUGCUAAGUACUUAGUACGUUACUGAACGAUACAAUGGGUGUCAAAGGGAAAGUUCUAACGCUGAGUCUAUUUGUAACAUUAAGAUUUAAGUAGCCAAUCAGUAAUGACAUUAUCUUGCAGAUGGGUACAAACCACGUGGAUUUGUAACUAACUACAUUGGCACAACAAUUGGCAAAUGGAAUCCAUAUUUGACUCUUAAAGGACAAUACUUUUUGAAUGUUUCAGUCCACUCUCCAGAAAUUGUUUUGUACUUUUAUACCAUUUUCCUAAGCACACCAUUACGUUUUAUGACUAAAUAAUUAUGUUUGUUCCUUCUAGGUGGCUAUUUUUUGAUUGUUUUUAUUUUAAUUUUAUUUUUUUUGUGCUACAGCACAAAAGCACAGAGCUGAGACUCAACGCCCAAACUCAAAGUGAACGUCCGGUUGUUUCAUUUUCGUUUUCACGUGGUUACACACCCACUUCAUCAUCAACAAUGAUCUAAUCUGAGCCAAACUAAGCCGUAUCUAAAGCAAGUCUCAGCGCGUUCAUUUUCGUAUUUUUAUGAAAAAUAAAUGGGCCUAAGACGUUGCAUGAUGAAAGGGGAGAAUGAAAAGAGGAAAAAGGUAAAUGUGCAGAAAAUGGACAGAAACAUUCAAAAUCACUGCUAUCGGCCUUCGAGUUGCAAUAUGGCAUUGAAUUGCUGAAGAUGAAAUAUGCUGUGUGCAAAAAAAAAAAAAUAGAGAAAAUUCCUGCUUUACCGUUAGUAAGUGCAGUUGUGUGACUUUGUAUCAUUUGCACCUGCUUUAUUGCUUGCUUAAUUAUUUAGUUGUUACUUAGGGUUGCGUUGCAAGAAAAGGGUGUUGUGGUGCUGCUGCUUGUAAUUUUGAAAUGGAUCUGGAAUCGUGGCUGUUUGGGAUAUAACAAGGGAACCUACGUGAAGCUGAUGCAACCGGCCCCUGGCCUUGCGUCCUCUCUUGGAUUAUGGCACAGGUCAAUGGGGGUCUUAGUCCCACUGUGUAUCAGCACUUUCAGUCCGACACACACAUUGCUGUACACACAGGCUCUCUCUGCCUCUUACUCACACUUACAGACAAGCAAAUGCCUACACCGCCUCCUCCGGUCUUAUGACAUACAAUACAUAGGAACACACAACACAGAUAAUUUAGUAAAAGAUUAUGCACCCCUUUCUGGAAAACUCUGAACUGCCAUCCUUAAUAUGGGAGUGUAUUAUACCGCUGGGAAGCAGGAACGUUGCUUGUCGCUUCAUUUCUGUUCAAGCCUGAUCCCUCUACUUCUGUCUUUGAAUGUUAAGUAGUUGUUCUUCAAGCCCUGCGCCACUGCCUCGACUGCUUCAGUGCUUGUAGGAUUUGCUUGCCCGCUGCCUGCUUCCUCCCUCUGCUCCCGUUUCCUCAAAUCCACAUGGUUGGACGACACCUUUAAAGUCGUUCUCCUUUCAUCGGACUGUUGUAGCACAGGAACAUUCGUGUAUUUGCAUAUUUACACACAAACACACACACACACACACACACACACAUAAGACACGCAUAGGCGUACGCGAGUGUGCCGCAAAAUCGCAUCUUUCAGCUGAGCUUAUGCUCUUCAGCCAGGGUCCCUCCUCUGAUUGCUCACUGUUGACAGCUCUGUCACGUCUGCCGUGGCUUGCCCGUAUUUGCACUGCGGGACCUGACAGGUUAGCGGAAACUGAGAUUAUGCAGCGUGGAUGUGAUGAGACAAGAUGGAGAGGCAAAUAGUUAUAAAACAGCAGCCACUGGAGUCUAUUGCCAAUCCAGUUGGGAAGAAAAGAAAAUAUUAGACAGGUGAUUCCUCAUAUUGCAGGUUUUCCAGUUAUUGUGUGAAGUGGGUCGAAAAGCAGUAAAAAGACUUAAAGAGGGAAAAUCUGUAUUAUAAGUAAGUGGGGAUGGACCAAAAUUGUUUAUUCUGCACCAGUGAGAGGUAACUCCGUGCAAAGAUCAGCAAUGGCACCCAGCAAGAGCUCAGAAAUAUACACUCUUCCGCUUUAUUGCUGCGCAUAAACAUCAGAAACGAGGCUGUGGGGGCGGUGAUCCAAGUGUGAACUGUGUUUGCCCCUGACGUUGUGAAACCAAGGUCUAGCAUGGUGGAGAAAGGGUACUGGAAACAGCAUUAACAUGAUUAAAAGUGUCACCUCGGUGUUCCUUUUUUUUUAAAGACCAUCGUAUUACCUGUCACCAUAGGGGUAUAUAGGUGCUGCUAUCCAGCUCAAUCCCUACCCGUGCUCACGAGUCCUUUCCCCUCCCCUACCCCCUUCUUCAGGUGUACUUCUGUGCUGUCAGAUCACCAAGUGGCUGUUUGCAUGUUAUAAGCAAAGGAAACAGAUACUAUAUAGAUACUAUAUAUACAUAGAUAUGUUUUUUCCACUGGGGAAUGCGUAUUGGAUUCAUAUAGCUCUGAUACACAUUCUCAAAUGCCACUGAAAGACCCACAUUCCUUCAUACACAAACACACAGUACAUACAGAUACGCUAUUGCGAACAGUAACUUGUGGAAAAACCUAAAAGAAUCACAUUUUUUAUCCUGUUGAAAAUGAAUUUAAUCUUCUAGAUAUACAUAAUGCUAUUGUGUUAUGCUAUUAAAUGCCUUUUUUUUUUCUUCUGUUCCUACCCGUAUGAUUUUUACCAAUGAGAAAAAUCAAUCCUUAAACUUGUGCUUCUGAAGUUCUGAAACGAUGACCGAACAAACACUAUUGUGAAAACCAUUUACUCACCCCUCCAUACCUAUUUCUUGCCCGGUAGAGAAAAAAAAAAAAAAUAGGCAGAAAAAGAAGAAAAAAAAAUCAAAAUACAAAAAAAUACCUGUAAUAAAAAAAACCUGUAAAGUUGAUGUAUUCUCUGCUUGUGUAUAGUGAAUGUUCCUCAGUGGCUGGGUGUGGUGGCAAGUGGCGCACACCAGUCGACUGUGACAGUGCAGAUCUGUUAAUAACUUUUUUGUACACCUGCUUAUCAUUGUAAAGGUGAUACUAGUGGUUCUUAUGAUUUACUCAAUCUGGUAAUGUGUUUUGUUAAUAAGUCACAAAUAAAGUUUUUUUCUUAAAUAUCUUAAA